AUGGGCAAUCCGUUUACGAUCUUCGAACCGCUGGUCGACACCGCAGAGGUCAUGGCGCAACUUCGCGACGAGGUUGCUUGCCGUCGACUGCCAAACAUUUCGCAGGUUCGCUCCAGUGCGCUGUAUUUGGCCGGCCAGGAAGAAGAUCCACCAAUUCAAUUCGAUUUCGUCCCAACCGAACUUGCCCGUGGACGACUGCAAAAGCCCAAGGGCCUGUCGCCCGCCGACGAUGAAUCGGAAGCAGCAAACUCUUCGGAAGCCGAUGUCAUCUUCGUAACGCCUUGGUACGGUCACUUUGCCGGCGGGGCCGAAGCCGCUGCUCGUUCGUUCGCCGAACACCUGGCCCGACGCGGUUGGAACGUCGAAGUACUGACCACCUGCUGUCGCGAUCCUUAUUCAAGCUGGUGGAAGAGCGAUCUGCCCGAGGGCAGCGAAGUGGUCAACGGGGUAACCGUGCGGCGUUUCCCGGUGAAUCCCGAAGGCGAACACAUUUUCCAUCAGCUCAACGCCAAGAACACCGCCUCGGGGUUGUUCGACGAAGCUGAACAGAAGGCCUACGUCACGCAUUCGAUCAACAGCGAUGCGUUGGUCAAAUACGCUGCUGAGCAUGCCCACGACAAACUGAUCGUCGCACUGCCGUACACGCAGGGGGUGGUCUACUCGCUGGUCACCGCACUUCCAGGACAAGUCUGCGUCAUGUCCUGUCUGCAUGACGAACCACAGAUGUAUUGGUCGACCACCGGCACCUUGCUCGAUUCCAGCCGCCGCAUCUUCUUUCUGACCGAAGAAGAAAAAGACCUCGCGAUUCGCCACUACGGUCGAGCCGUAGGCCGCCGUCUGGUCGAGUCGCCAGUCGUCGGCGUGGGAACCGAAUUACCUGCAGGCAUUGACGAACUGCUGGCCGACGAAGAGCAAGUCGAUUCAAUCAUCGAAGACCUCAACCUGCCCUCGAAAUUCUUCGUCUAUCUUGGCCGCAAAGAUGUCGGCAAGAACGUGCCGCAACUGGUUCAGUACUUCAGAACCUAUCGGGCACAAGGCGGGCAGGCACAUUUGUUGUUUCUCGGUGGCGGUGUCGCCGAGCUAGUUCCUCACGACGUUGGCAUGCGAGACUUGGGCUAUCUCCCAGAAGAUCAGAAGUUUGCCAUCCUCUCGCGAGCUUUGGGGCUUAUCAAUCUUUCUGAGAAUGAGAGUUUUUCGCUAGCGAUCAUGGAAGCAUGGCUGUGCGGAGUUCCCGUCGUUGUUUCGGCCAACUGUGAAAUCACGGCCGCUCACUGCCUGCAUAGCGGCGGUGGGGUUGCCGUGAGCACACCGACCGAAUUCGUGACGAUGCUUCGCACCCUCGAAUCAGACAGCCUGCGUCACGCGAUGGGAGCCGCAGGCCGUCGAUAUACGCGGAAGCAUUACUCUUGGGACUCAGUUCUCGAUCGGCUUCUGCGAGGGGCCGCCCGCGGCAUCGGCGUCUGCACACGGAUGAUCGUGGAGCAGGCCGUACGUCACGAUCCGACGAAAGAAUGGAUCGUAAACGUCCGUUGCGAAUCAGACCUCAACUGGUUCUCGCCCGAGGUUCGCGGUCAGCUAACCCCCGUGGUGUUGCCCGAUUGCCUCAAUCUGGGCGAUUUUCGCGCCUCGACACGUCGCUACACGGGCUUGAUUCAAGAGCUGAUCGACGACCGGCACAUCGACGCCUACUGGAACCCCAAUCCGUUGAUGAUCAACGUCCUGUUGCCGGGACGUUUGUCGAACGUAACCACAUUCGCGACCGUCUAUGACUUGAUCCCUUGGGUCAUGCGCGAAUGGUACCUCGACCGCUGGCCACAGCAUCUGCAACACGAAUACCUGCGGCGGCUGAAGGCACUGCCCCGCCUGAUCGACCACAUGUUGUUCCCUUCGGAGCAUUCGCGGAACGACUACAUCGACUUCGACUCGAGCGUGGCCGACAAGUCGAGCGUGGUGUAUCUAGCGGCCGACCAUCAUCGCUUUGCCCCCGUCAACGGUUCCCCGAUUCAAAAUCGCGACCCUCUAGUGCUCUACACCGGCGGGUUCGAUGUCCGCAAGAACAUGGAAGGGGCCCUCGAAGCCUUCGCCCACUUGGUGAAUGGCGACCCCGAUCAUUUCGAGCAGUUGAAACUUUGCAUCGUCUGCUCGUUCGGUCCCGAAUCGUUGGCCUUGUUCGAGCGUCGCGCCCGCGUCCUGGGCAUUGGCGAUCGCCUCGUAAUGCCGGGUUAUGUGUCCGAUUCACAACUGGCCAGGCUUUACCAACGGGCCCGGGUGUUUUUCUUCCCCUCGAAGUACGAAGGUUUCGGCCUCCCCGUGCUCGAAGCCAUGGCCUGCGGCACGCCGGUCGUCACAUCCGAUGUCUCUUCUUUGCCUGAAGUGGCUGGUAAGCACGCGUUCUAUUGUUCGCCCGACAGAACGGCGGAAAUGGCCGACGCGUUGCGGAGUGCGUUGACUGACCACGAUCUAGAAGAUCGCUGCCUGGCGGGGCUGGAGCAUGCCCAAAAAUUCACCUGGUCGAACACCGCGGCCGCUUAUUCGCGGACUUUUGUCGAUGUGCACAUCGACCGUGCUUCAAAGUCCAUCCGCCGCCGCCCUCGAGUCGCCUACGUCACCCCUUGGCCGCCGCACCGCACUGGAGUGGCGCACUAUGCUCAAGUGAUGGCCUCGCACCUUAGCAAGCGAGUUGACUUGACGUUGUACGUUGAGAACCCGCAAGAGGUCGAUCCGCCCCUGUACGGCAUGCAAGUUCGUGGGCUGACCGACUUGCCAAGCGAAGCCGAACAGUACGACACCGUGCUGUAUCACAUUGGCAACAACACAAAGUUCCACCGCGCUAUAUACCAGUUGGCGUGGGAGAUCCCCGGGGUCAUUGUUCUUCACGAUUACAACAUCAACCCAUUCCUCAACGAUGCCUUCCUUGGCACAGAGCAAGCCGACCUAUAUUACUCGGCGGCGUUGGAAGGAUACGGAAUCCCCCGCGAGGCCAUUCCGCCGCACGGGCUCGAUACGUUUGAAUACCCAAUGAGCGUGGCGUUGGCCAAACGCAGCCAGGCCACCAUCGUGCACAGUGCCUGGGUUCGCGAAGAGCUACAAGAAGUACCCAACGUCCAUGUCAUUCCCCACGGAAGCAUGGACCACCCCAAAGAGAUGUCGCGUGCCGCGCUAGCUCCGCUUCGCGAUCGACUGGGGAUCGAUCCCACCGAAUUCGUCGUGUCGUCGCUCGGGUUCGUACACCGGCUGAAACGCGUUGACGUUGUGCUCGAAGCAGUAAAGACGCUCGUCGAUCGCGGGUUCCCCAUUCGCUUUGUCAUUGGGGGCUCGAUUGUCGACCCCUCGCUGAAGAUCGAAGAGAAGAUUCACGAGUUGGGGCUCGAAUCAAACGUCACGGUCUCAGGCUAUCUCAGCGAAGAAGAUCUCGAAGGCGUAGUCAGCUUGAGCGACGUCGUGAUCAAUCUGCGUUGCCCCAGUUUGGGUGAAGCCUCUGGAACGCUGAUGCGAGCGUUCGCUCACGGCAAGGCCUGCAUCGUUAGCAACUAUCAGCAAUACGCCGAGUUGCCCACCGAUGCCUGUUGGCAUGUCGAUGUGGACGAAUUGGAAAUUCCCCAGUUGGUCGCGUACCUUGAGCGAUUGGUCCGCGACCCUGACGUGCGAACCCAACUCGGACGCAAUGCGAAGAACUACGUCGAUCAUUACACGUCGUUCGAAUUCGCCGCCAAGCUGUAUGCCUUUGCGGUGGGAAGUGCCGGACGACCUCAGUUGCGGCAUGCCCCUGAGAUCAUCGCCAACCAGUUACGAUUCGAUCACGAUUGGGUUGAAACCAGCACCGCGGUUGAGGCAAUUGCCGAACAGCCGAUCGCCGCGAUUCCCAUGGUGCCCCCCGCACCACCGCGGGCUCCGCUUACGAUUCGUGCCGCCAAAUGGAUGCUCCGCCCAAUGUGGCGGCUCUUGGGGCGAGGGCUGAACCCGAUCAUGAAUCGUUUCGACGCCCAUUUGGCGACAGUGUUCAAUGCCGUGUUGCACCAACGGAUCGACCAUCGGGUGGCGACUCUGGACCACUUGGUGGCUGUGCGUGACGAAAUGGUGACCUAUGUCGGCACCCUUAACGGCAACUUGAACAACGUGCAACGCAAGUUGGCCAGUUCUUCGUUGACCCGCGAGAUUGAUGAUCGGCUCAACGAGGCCUCGCGCGACAUCGCCCGACUGCGAUAUCAGGUGGAAUCGCUCCGCGAUGCCGUAGAGAUGAUGACCCCGCAGCCCGAGCCGGUCGUUCGGGGAAACCGUCGCAAAGACCGUCCGUAUCUAUCACGCGGACGCCGAGGCAAUCGCGACGCGGCUUAA